AUGAAGCGGUUCAUUCUACUCGAAAGAAAACUCCAAAAAGACGUGACGUUAAAAACCGACUACCAUGCACUUAUACAGGAAUAUCUAGAUUUAGGACACAUGUCUGAGGUCACAACAAACGAACUCGUGGACGAUGGGUACUAUCUGCCACAUCACGGUGUGAUUAAGGAAACGAAUCAAACGACUAAACUCAGAGUGGUAUUCGAUGCGUCGGCCAAAAGCAACAACGGUAUAUCCUUGAAUGAUACGCUUCAUAUCGGUCCGAAAAUACAGGAAGAUCUAUUAUUUAUACUUCUCAGAUUCAGCAUUCAUCAAUAUAUCAUCACUGGCGACAUUGAAAAAAUGUACAGACAAUUCUUGAUCCGAUCACAAGAUAGGAAGUAUUAA